AUGGAUACCGUUGCCAGUGCAAGAAGGGUUACGAGGGCAACCACUACUUCCCACUUGGUUGCAAAGCAUGUUUUCGGUUUCGUUUUCUUGAACUUGGGCUUAAUUCCAUGUCAAACUGUUCGAUCUGCAGAUGUUAAUGAGUGCCUGAUCCCAAAUCUCAAUAGUUGCACAUCACCAAAGAGAUGCAUUAACACAGAAGGGAAUUAUACAUGUUCUUGCCCUAAGUGGCACAGUGGGGACGGAAGAAAAGAUGGUGAAUCGUGCACUUUGAACCUCCGACUAGUAAACAAGACUGCCAUUGCUAGUGGUGUAGGCUUUAUAUUACUGCUGGUCUCUAGCACAUGGAUGUAUUUGAUAAUCAAGCAAAGAAAGCUAAUCAGGCUUAGAGAAAAAUUCUUUCGCCAAAAUGGUGGUGUGAUUUCAAGUCAACAACUCUCCAGACAAGAAAAUUCAGUUCAAAUAGCCAAGAUCUUUAGCUCAGAAGAGCUCAAAAAGGCUACCAACAAUUAUCAUGAGAAUUCAAUCAUUGGUGAAGGAGGGUUUGGGACAGUUUAUAAAGGUGUUUUAUCCGAUAAAAGAGAUGUGGCAAUCAAGAAGUCCAAACUUGUGGGUAAGAUCCAAAUUGAACAGUUCAUCAACGAGGUGCUUGUACUUUCUCAGAUUAACCAUAUAAAUGUUGUUAAACUCCUAGGUUGUUGUUUGGAGACAGAAGUCCCUUUACUAGUCUAUGAGUUCAUCUCCAAUGGCACGCUUUUCGAGCACAUGCAUCAUAAAAAUAGACCAUCACCAGUUUCAUGGGAGACUCGUCUUAAGAUAGCUGCAGAAACAGCAGAGGCAUUAUCUUAUCUGCACUCUGCAGCCUCUCCACCGAUAAUUCAUAGAGAUGUCAAGUCUUCAAACAUAUUAAUAUAUGGUAAUUACACAGCUAAAGUGUCUGAUUUUGGAGUUUCAAGAUUGAUUUCAUUACACCAAAUAGAAGUGGCUACGUUGGUACAAGGAACUCUUGGAUACUUGGACCCUGAAUAUUUGCAAACCAGCCAAUUGACUGUGAAAUGUGAUGUUUAUAGCUUUGGCGUCAUCCUGAUAGAGUUACUAACCGGAGAAAAGCCGCUUUCAUUUGAUAGGCCGGAGGAGAAGCGAAGUCUGGCUAUGUAUUUUCUUUCUGCUGUUAAAGAGGAUAGACUGUCUGAAAUUCUUGAGCAGAAUCUAGGGAUUGCAAGAAAGAAGACGCAGCUGAAGGAAGUGGCUAAUCUUGCAAGGAGGUGCAUCGAAUUGAAAGGGGAAAAUAGGCCUACCAUGAAGGAAGUAGCGGCUGAACUGGAAGGUUUAAGAAAGAUUGACAAGCGUUCUUGGGUUAACGUUGGUUCCAAUUCAGAAGAGAGAGAGUACUUGCUGGGGGAGACAUCCUAUUCUUAUAAAAUAUGAUGUUGCUAUUAAAAGCAGUGUUGUAUAUGAUAGCAUGAAGGACCAUACGAUGGUAACCUUUGAUGGUGGGAGAUGACAGGAGUUUCUUCAUAUAUCUUGUUUCGGGAUACCAUGUUGCAUAUAAUGUUGUUUUCAUAAGUUUUCCAUGCGUUGUUUUGCAUAUAAUGUUGUCUGGUUUCUCUGUUUCAAAUGUUCUUGUUUAGAUUCUAUUUCUGUACCAUUUUCACUAAUCUAGACAUGUUAGAUUGCUGUCAUGAGAUCAGACUUAUUGUAAAUAUCAUGAAAAUGAAUAAAAAUAGAAAGCAAUAGAUAAUGUAUAGAAAGACAUGCAAGCAAUUAUUGUAACAUUUUUUUUCUCUGUUGGUA